UCUUCGCCACUUCGAUUCUCCUUUCGGUCACUCAAAAUGAACGUUUAAUAAAAAGAAAAAAGUGCAUACGUUUCCAAAAGACUAGCUCACACCUUCAUGUGCUGUGAGACGUGGUCGUUAUGGUAGUACUAAACACUCGUCUUUUAAUGCUUUUCCCCCCUCAUCAAAAGGCAGGGAAAGCAAGACUCAGUGCGCGCGUCUCGACACCGGUGGUCGCUGCUGAGGAUUCUAUCCGAUUUUCGAUCAUCAUGGUGUCGUUUUCACGCUACUUUUAGAAAGAAUACGGGCUUCGAUGGAAUUUAAAAGAGGUGGUGGACAGGUGCACUGAGGACUUCGCAAUCCCACGAAGUGAUUCAGCCAUGACGUGCAGUCCCACAUCCAGUGAGGAGGAGAUGGCCCUGUCCCUGUCAGAGGGUUCAGGGGCCGAAGACAGUGGGAGUUCCCGGGAGGAAACAAGGGGCCCAGGGGCCACAACAGUGGUUUCCAGUAGAGGGGACGUCAGCCGGGAAACGGAGACCUCCCUGGUUAUCUGUGUGGUCAUACCAGACCUCCAACAGUCGAUUGUCCUGAACUUUGAGUCCACCGCCACAAUAUGGUCAGCUAAGCAGCAGGUUCUGUGCACGCUGACCCAGCCACUGAGGGACGUCUUGAAUUACGGCCUGUUUCAGCCUGCGUUCCAGGGGCGUGAGAGUGGGUUUUUGGACGAAGAACAGCCACUGAGACAGUUCUCUAUACCAAAGUGUCAGGGUGUGCCUACACUAGAGUUCCGUUAUAAGAGUCGAGUCUACAAACAUACCAAUGUCAAUGAGAUGUUGAUUGCAAAGAUAAACAUCCAGACUAAUUUAAGACGUUUUAUCGAGUGUAUUCAGCAGUUGGAAACGGACAAGGUGGAAAAGAUGCUGGAUAGAGGCCUCGAUCCUAACUACCAUGACCCAGAGAAUGGAGAAACUCCACUAACAUUGGCAGUCCAACUGGGGGCUGGCUCAUCAUCUAUCAUCAUUGCAUUGAAGAAUGGGGGAGCUCAUAUGGACUUCAGAUCUCAGGACGGUCUGACUGCCCUCCACAAAGCUGUCAAAGCCAAUAACCAUGUGGCACUUAAAACCCUGCUGGACCUGGGCUCGAGUGUGAAUUAUAAAGACAGCCAGUCGCUCACCCCUCUGUACCAUAGUGUGCUGGAGGGGGGCGAGCUGUCCUGCUGCCUCCUGCUGCUCAGGUUCAGUGCCACGCUGGGCUGCAGCGACGAGAACGGCUGGACUGAGAUGCACCAGGCCUGCCGCUACGGCCACCUGAAGCACCUGGAGCAGCUGUUGCUCUUCGGAGCUGACAUCUCAUCCCAGAAUGCAACAGGAAACACUGGCUUGCACAUUUCUGCUCUCCACAAGCAGGAGCCAUGUGUGAGAUUGCUUUUGUCUAUUGGUGCAUGUAAGGACGUGAAGAACUACAGAGGUCAGACUCCUUUCCAGGUGGCCAUCACUGCUGGAAACUUCGAACUCGCAGACAUCAUCAAGACCUACAAGGACAAUGAAAACGAUCAAUAUACUACUAAACCAGAUUCAACAGAUACAUGUGAGAAUGUCCAUCUGAGGGAGAGCCCUCGAUGCGCCUCUCCCUUCCGGGUGAACCACGCCUCGCCCUCCAGCCACUGGGUGCCUUCCUCCAAGCAGCAGCUGGAGACGGCCCCCGUUCUGCUGCGCUCCAACAGCGAGGACAACAACCUCGACCCCGGCCCCAAGAAGUCCCACUCCUCCACCGUGGUGUCGACCCCCUCGGCCUCCCCGUCCUUCACCUCGCGCCGCAGUCCCUCCCCGUGCCACCGGAGCUCCUCGCCCACCAUGCCCUCUCCGGCGGUCAGCACCGUGAAGACGGUGGGAGGGGUGCGAGGGGGCCGGCCCUCCUCCCGGAGCAGGUCCCCGUCCCUGGGCAGACCGGCCGCGGAGGACGUCCGUCGACAACACCAAAGACACACAAGCCCCCAUAGUGGAGGGGGUCGUGCUGGCCCGGAACCGGCCCGUCACAGGACCCGCGAGGAGGCGGAGCCGCCCCGCAACAACACCCAGUACAGCGCCAUCCCUGCCAGACAGUUUGUGGCCAUCACACCGUACCACCCGCAGGCUGAGGGGGAGAUUGCACUGUGUAAAAAUGACAGAGUCAAAGUGCUGUGUGUUGGAGAAGGGGGUUACCUGAAGGGCAGCGUCCGCGGCAGUGUUGGCUGGUUUCCUGCUGAAUGCGUAGAGGAGGUGCCUACACAGGCUCAGGAAGAUAGACCCUACACAAGGCAUGACCAUGCAGAGCGAAGAAAGCUCUUCAGGAAUUACACCGUUGGCUCCUACGACAGCUUUGAGGCCGCCAGCAACCGUAUAAUUGAUGAGAAGACUGUGGUGCUGCAGAAAAGGGACAACGAGGGAUUUGGAUUCGUGCUGAGAGGGGCAAAAGCGGACACGCCCAUCGAGGAGUUCAGCCCGACGCCAGCGUUCCCGGCGCUGCAGUACCUGGAGUCUGUGGACGAGGGCGGUGUAGCGUGGCUGGCAGGUCUCAGGACCGGGGACUUCCUCAUUAAGGUGAACCAGGACAAUGUGGUGAAAGUGGGACACAAGCAGGUGGUGAACAUGAUCCGACACGGAGGGAACCGGCUCAUCAUCAAGGUGGUGACCGUCAGCCGCACCCUAGACCCGGAGAAGACAAACCCCAAGAAAGUUCCCCCUACCCCAAGACGCGGACCAUCCACCCUGCUGUCCAUGGCUAUGAGGUCCAAGUCCAUGACUUCAGAGCUGGAGGAAUUAUCUACACUGAAAAGGAAGAAGGAUGAUGACCAUGCAGAGAAGCCAAUGUGGGACAGUAACCGUAACAGCACACCUAACGUAGAGAGCAGAAAACCCCCACCAAAGACACGCUCAUCCAGUCGCUACUCACCCUUCAAUCCUGAGAUGAAUUCCAUUGGCGAUAUCCAGGAAGUGCCUCCGCCGAGCCGGGCAGGACCAACGAACGCCAGAGCAGCUUACCUCGGUAUUCCUAAACAGGGAAUCAUCAGGAGACAGAAAUCCAUCGGGGUCACCGAGGAGGAGAAGACCUUCCUGUCCCCCCCCAUGCUGAAGCUGGCCCGGAGCCUCUCCAUGCCGGACACCUCCGAGGACAUCCCCCCGCCGCCGGCCGUCUCCCCCCCCUCUCCCCCGUCCCCCUCCCCCUACACCUCGUCCCACCCCCAGGCCCCGGAGCCUGAGGAGCGGGUGCUGUACGGCGGGGCGGUGUACCCCCGGUUCCCCCAGAACGGGGCCGCCCCCGGGAAGGGCGGCCCUCCCGCCGCGGAGAAGGCCGAGGACAGCGAGGACGCGGCCUGGAAACGGAACGCAGCGGGCACAGCCCAGCAGAGUUUUCUCAACCGCUGUACCCCAGCCCAGAUCCCAGAGAACCCGUACUCUGACCGGGCCAAGCUCAGCUCCAACAUGGGCUCAUUCAGCGUGAGCAAACAAGCAAGGAAAGGGAUGCUGAUGAAGCAGCCAAAGGUGGAGGACAAGCCAGAGAAGGGGUCUUCCAUCCCCAUCCCCACCAUCAUCAUCAAGGAGCCGUCCACCUCCAGCAGCGGUAAGAGCAGCCAGGCCAGCAGCAUGGAGGUGGAGCCUGGAAGUCAGGAUCUGCCAGGCCAGCUCCGGCCAGACACCACCCCCGACACCAGCAGUGUCUUCGUGGUGCCCACCAUACGCUCCCGGAGGCUGGCCGACCUGCGGAACUCCGUGUCCUUCAGGUCCACGGACCUGGGUGACGAGGAGCCCGCCGCCCACGCCCCGUCCCGCCUGCGCCAGUCCCGGUCCAUCGACGAGGGCAUGCUCAGCAGCGACGAGCACUUCCGCCGGCUGGUGGUCAACCCCCUGUCCCUGCUGAACAUCCCCGACUCCAACGGCGGAGGCGCGGCGGCGGGACACCUGAUGGACUGCAACGCCCCCGAGCCGUCCAUGCUCCGAGCCCCCCUCAGCACCCGGACCGGCCUGCACCACUCUCAGCAGCACCAGCACCACCUCAGCCCCCUCAGCCUGCCCGUCAAGACGUACACGCCCACUCUGUCCUCGCUGUCCUCGCCGGCCUCCCCGUCCAUGGGAUACGGACACUACCUGCACCCGGUCACCGGUAAACCCUUGGACCCCAGCUCCCCGCUGGCCCUGGCGUUGGCCGCCAGGGACCAGGCCAUCAGGGGACAGAAUCAGCCGCAGCCGCUCAAGACUCAAGAGUCGUCCAAGUCGGACCUCAACAUGCCGUUGUUCAUCGAUACCAAACUGGCUCGUCCGAGCGCGGAGUCGUCCUUUGGCAGUGCGACGGUGACCCCGUUGGCCCGCACCGGGCCCAGGGGAGCCCUGCGGAGGCAGAUGACCGAAUCCAAGUACGAGACGGACACCAAGUACGAACACCCGCUGGCCAAGGACAAGAAGAGAGCGGAGCCCACGCAGCGGGACGAAGACCUGUCCCAACACAAGCGGGCCGGCCUCCUCAUGGUGCACACCUCGGACCGCACGCGCCGCGGCUCCUCGGGGGGUCUCUUGGGGGGGGAGGAGCGGGGCGCCAAGAACGCCGCCUCCAAGGACCACAGCCAGCCGGCCUCCGCGCCGCCCUUGUCUCAUAAUCCGUCUCACAUCCACAUCUCCCCGCACAAGACCUUCAUCACCGUCAGCGCGGCCGAGGAGCCCGUCAAGCUCCCGUUCGGCAUGAUCCCGCCGCCGCCGCUGGCGUCCGUGGACAUCCCCGAGGACGAGCUCUUCCCCGAGUCCCUCCCGCCGCCGAUAGAGUUCGCCAACAGCUUCGAUAUCUCUGAGAGCCAGGCCAGCAGCAUCGCCGAGCUGCUGAAACAAACCAACAACCUGUCCUCUGACCAGGCCCUGGCCAUCACCGAGAUCCUGAAGCAAACGCAAAACGCCUCGCCGGGCUCCGCCUCCGCCGCCCGCCAGAGUUCCGUCUCCCCGUUCUAUCCCUCCUACUUCCUGCCCACAAACAGCCAGCAUGAGAUAAAGUGUGCACCAGCUGGCCUGACCAACACCAUGCUUCCUAUUUAUCCCGAGGUCUCCCUAGACAGCUUCGGGCCGGUGGGCGAUUCAGGGAUAGAGGUGGAGGUGGACAGCAGGUCGGUCGGCGGGGACCCCCAGCUGGAGACCACCGGCACUGUGUCCAACGUCUCUUCCAUGUCCACCCUGUCCUCGGAGGGGGGGGGCGAGGGUCUGGACCCUUGCUCCGUCUAUGCAGACGGUCAGGCCUUCACCGCCGCGACCAUGAUCAACAAAUCCAACAAAAGCACCAAGGUGAAAACGCACAAUGUGGUGCUCCACCACAGGAGCGGGAAGGACAUGGGACACGAGGGCAUGAUGGCACAUCGGGACGAGAGCUCCUACAACGGAGGAGGACCUCCCUCCUACGUCCCACCUCCUCCUGCACCUGGGGAGGGCCCGCGCACGCCCCGGGACGGAGGAGAGGGGAAGCUCCCUCACAUGUCUAAAGCUGGAGAAACAAGGAGAUCCAGGAACCCGGACUUCUCCUCUGGCGUGCCGCGCAGGAACACAGUCACCUUCGCUUCCACGACUGUCCUGUCGUCGCUCUCGUGCCAAGAGGUCAUCACCAACUCCAGCGCACUCUCCGGUUCCAACCAAAGGUCCCCCUCCCCGAGCCUCUCCCCUCCCCCUGACGCCGGCCUCAGGCAUCCCCCUAACACCUCCUCCUCCUCCCCCUCCUCCCCCGCCCUGGCCGACCUCUACGUGCUUCCGCCUCUGGGCUCGGGGAUCUCCCGCUCGUCCUCCCCCCUGCUGUCGUCGCCUUCCGCCUCUUCCAAUAAGCCCUUCGCCUCCAAGCCCCUGGUCCUCUGGAGCAAGGAGGACGUGGCCGACUGGCUGGACCACCUGAACCUGUCGGAGCACAAGGACGCCUUCCUGGACAACGACAUCGAGGGGAGCCACCUGCCGUCGCUGCAGAAGGACGACCUGGUGGACCUGGGGGUCACCAGGGUGGGGCAUCGGAUGAACAUAGAGAGAGCUCUGAAGGACCUGAUGGACAUGUAGCUAGGUCUGAGCGCACGGGGAGGGAGGUGGCCCUGCUGCACACCGCACAACAUUGAUGGCUUUAGAACGUGGUGGUAUAAUGCUGUAAUGUUUUACUGUAUGACUGUUUAAAAUGCUGAAAGACUUUAUAUAUAUAUAUACAUAUGUAGAUAUAGUACAUUAGUUAUCGAUUCAACUAGAUUAGUUUGAAAAAGUACUGUUUCAAAAAGUAGUGAAAGAGAUCCAGCAGAACUAAUACUGAGUAAUAGUUGAAUAUAUUUAAUUGAUAUCCCAGGUUGAGAUAUUACUGCACACCAAGCUUGAAGAAACAAACAUGGAAUAGACAUAGUCGUUUUGUGGAAUAUGUCAUUUUUUAACAGAUGACUGUAGAGGAGUGUAAUUUAUAGGUUUAAAGUGUGGACAUUUUAACUCUCUCACAUCUGUUGAAUGUCAAAACACCACCUGCUGAGUGGUGCCUGUGUCCGUGCAUUUUUCUACUUUCAGGACUUUUCACCUUAAGUAUUUGGUUAAAAAAGAACUUUUGGGAUUUGCUGCUAUUCCAGUCUUCUUACAUGAUAAUUGUAAACAGAUACAGACUGUAUUUUAUCAAUUGUGGCCAUUUGCAACCUUUUUGCUAAUGAUACAAAUAUAGAGCAAUGUUGAAUGAGAUGUACUGCCCAUACACAUAAUCCUGGCCUUAAGGGAAGUAUAACUUUACAAACAUAUUAUAUCAGAUUAUAUCAUCUCUUCUUUACCAAACAUUUUCAUUUUUUAUGUUAUACAUGGGUAUGUUGCCAACUGUAACAUAUUAUGUACAACAUAACAUUUGAUCUAAAGAUAACCAUUCACAAACAUAUCUAACUAAACAUUUCUAAAACAAAUUCUACAAAAGUGAAAUCAUAAAUAUAAACUGUCCACUUCACAUUAGGCUUAUUAUGUUCAUGUUACUUUCAUUUUCUGAGGCCUAAAGUAUAUAAAUUUAUGUUUGGGUCUUGUUCUAGAUCAAGUGAUGCAUGUUUUAAUAAUUAGAUGAAGGAAAAACAGGCAGCAUAUGAGAGAACUAUAAAUAAAUUGUAAAUCAUAAUUGAAGCUGCAGCAGACAGUCCCACACUUAGAGCCAUGCCAUGUGUAAGUGUACCAAUGCUUAUAAGCUAAUAGAAUAAGAUGGUCAUUAUGAAUCCAGGGGUGUUUUCUUCCUCCCAUUUUGUCAUGUAGGUAGGUGUCCAUGGCAGCAUGAUUAGACACAAAUAUGCAAUUCACACACAGAACCACACCAUAUAUUCAACAGUGGCAGUUACUGUCCAACAUUAAAUAUUUUUUGUAUUUUACAUUGUAUUGCUGUAUUAAACAAUAUCGAGUCCAUAAACACUAUGGGGUGUGGAAAAUGUACAUACUUUGUCGUACGUUAGCUGUCCAACAGAAAUCCCUCCGAAAUCGACUAUUUUAUCUUCACUCUCUUUCGGAUUUCUUACCACAGAGCACCAAUCUAAUUCCAAGCAGCGAUGCCAACUCAUACUCCCACGUCUAAACGAGCAGGUUACAGCCCAGCGCAGAGACAAAGGCUGCUCGCAUCGAUGCAUUAACAUCACAUGAAUGGACCGCUUGGAUGACAAAUGCUUGCAUUGCAAAGUAAAAUAUCCAUCUCAGAAUUGUGCAGUUGCUAAAUGCGAUGCCACAAACAUGUGCACUUUCUAGAAAAAGGGUUUCCUCAGGAAUAAGUAAGUAGCACUGAGAUGCCAGAUACGUUCAGUGCUCAUUUGAUGAUAUGCUUCACAGGACUUUGUACACACAAAAGUAUAUAGUGACUUUGAAAGGUGAUUGUGGAUUUGUAUACUCCUAGACAUCUUGAUUAACAUUGACCUUAACUGCAGAUGUGGUGCAUGGUGGCAUUUUACAUUGUGAGGAACUUUUUUGGGCCAUUUUAAUAAAUUUAACAAGUGAACAGGAAUAUUUUAUUUUGUGCUAUUUAUAAAAAGAUUUAAAUUCUGUAUUUUGUGGAUUGUAAAGUUCUGGAGGCUGAUGACAGCAAUGUGCCAAAAAAGGGAAAUCUUGCUGAAUCAAGCUGGAGUAAUUUGAGAUCAUGUUCAACUAUUCCUUUAUAUCCAUUAAACCAUUUUGACCGCCAUUAUUUUUCUAUAAGGUACGCCAACCUUGUUAUGCAUGUGCAAAGAAGCUGCAGAUUGGUUAUUUUUGGAAUACUACAGAAUAACUGAUAUUUGUUAUUUGUUAUUUUGAUGACCACAGUUACAAUAUUCUUUAAAAUGAAAAUGAUUAUUGAUUCUUGAUGCUGAUAUGCAUUUCAAAUGUUAGUGAUAAAUAAUGCGAAUGAAGGUCACUAAUUGAAACCAAUUUUAUAACUGUUGGGGCAAUGGACAACAGUUUCUUGAGUUAUAUUGUGUUUUUAUUUUAAUCUAAAGCAUGAGUUGUAUAGUUACACACAUGCACACAAAGACUGAAAUUAUCUAAGAAGCAAUAUGUAUUUUUUUUCUUUCUUGUCACGUGGGAAAACUGUUCCAUAGUAUGUCUCUGACAUAUUUCUAUGAGCAGCUGUGAAAUGUUUCAAUGGGUAUCAUGUGGAGUUUUCAGUUCAGCCAACUGUCCUGCAGCUGCCCACAGGGUGGGACGCUCAUUCAUAGCUGUGCAUCAGUUAGCCUGAGUUUAGUCUCUGGACUAAACUUGACACAUCAUCGCAGUGGUAUGGUCAGGUGGGGACUCAAAGACCACCUUCUUCUACACAUUGUCUCAAUAUAAUAAGAUGUUUACAAAGUUAUUUACACAUAUUUAUUAUUUAAAAAGAUAGCUAAAUGUAAUCGUUUUAUCCAAUAUUUUUAGAUAUUAGUAAAUUGUCUUUGAAUCCAGACCUGCCUCACCACUGCAUUGAAUAUAGGAUUUUUUUUUUACUUUGUCGUAGAACAAAACAAAAAACAUUGUUGGAAAGGUCUCUGCUUGUAGGGUAACAUUAUGUACGUUUGAGAGAUGAACCCUGACCCCCAGGGGUCAUGUCUGUAUCUCAAUAAAAGGUUAACAGUCAACGGUUUUGGGCAGCUCUGGACAUCUACUAUUAAAGGGGAACUACCAUCAAUUGGGGCCACAGCGCAUAAUGCCCUAACAUGUCAGCACUUUGUCUUGUACAUAUAUAAAGCUAUUCCCAGACUAAAUUAA